AUGCCAGUAGUCCGUCUGACUCGAAGAGCUCUUUGUUCCCCGUCCUGUGCUAAAUGGAAGCGACCAAGAGUAUCUCCCACACUCUCCCACUUUCCGGUGAUCGAAACCGUAUCAGCUGGAACCAAUCGGUUGGAAGAAUUCAUUGCGGUAUCUUCCGCCUAUCCCUCAAACGCAUCCCAAGACACCAAGCAAACAGCCUUUUGCUUCCUAGCCGCACGCAAGUUUUCCGUGGCGCAAGCUCUCGAACUUUACCACAAUUAUAAGGCUAUGCUAUCCCGUGAAGGAAUACCAGACGUUAUAGAUCCUUUCGACGAGGAAACCAGACGGGAGUUGUUGUCUGGGAAAUUUGUAGUUCUGGUUGGUUCUCCGUUUCCGUGUGGUACUUACAACCUUCGAUGUGUCCUUCAGAACGAUUCAGAAACCUCUGGUGUUAGGGUUGUUCAGUACUUCGUGCGGUUGCAUCAUGCAUCACACAACCCUCGGGCUGUGCUUCAGAGUAUCCUGUUUCAGCUGGAUGCAGUAAUGAAAAAGGAAGUUGCUGCACGAAACGGCCUGGUGUUCAUAUACGACAUGACGGAUGCGAAGUUCUCCAACAUCGAUUGCACCUUAGGUAUCAAGCUAUUCAAAAUCCUCAAGUCCAGCUACCCAGUCCGGUUACGACGAAUCCUCAUUCUGACAGCUCCUCUCUGGUUCCGCGCUUCAUUCCGGAUGAUGCGUGUGUUUAUCCGCGAUCAGCUGCGAGAUAAUGUGAAUGUUUUGCGUCCAUCACCAGGAACCAAGCUGGACGCCCUCAGUCAUCCGGAUUUUGUUGCUUUGAAGCGCGAUCACCAUGCGUGGCUACACACGGCCCUGAUACGCACAGGCUGGCUACCGGGCGAGUCGGAUCAGGUCACUCGACCGAAUGGACACCGGUUCCAAACUGCGGCGGCUUUUUUCGGCCAAACGUCAACUUCCCAGUCUCCAGGUUCUGUUUCGGACUUGAGCGAUCCAGACAGCAGGGAGGACGAGGAUUCUCUGUCUGGAAACCCGUGGGAUGAGGACGAACUUAUGAGCGUUGGAGAUUUGGACCCGUUCGCAUUGUCCAGUUCCUACUCCAGCGAAACUGAUUCGACCGGGUCUGCCAAAGUGAAGUCGGAUCUAAGGACCUGCGACAAACGUGCCUCUCCACAUGCGUCCGAUAUACAUUUCCCAAGAGCUUCUAAGAUCAAAUCGGCCAAGUGCGAGUCCGCUGUAAAUCAAGAUGGCUCGUUUAAACGAAAGGUGUCUAGUGGCCGCGACUGCUCUCCUAUCAAUUUGACAGAGGUACAUCUCAAUAUUUCGUCAAAUUCUCGCGGAGACCACGCUGAAACCCCUACACCGCCAUCGGUGGCCAAGCGAUUGAUUUUACCUGCCGAUUCCAACUAUGAUGUGAAUGCGCCGCAUCGUCAACUAGUGACUACCACGAGCUCCACAAUGACGCGUCCAAGCCGAAUGGAUUGUUUCCCAGACAAGGAUAUGGGGUUCAGCGAAAACCUGUCUACUCCUUUGGUGGUGGAGUCGACCACACCGACAACUGAUGUUGCCGAGGAGUCUUCAACAACCAACUUGAGUGUUUUAGGUGGAUUGAAAUCCCACGGAGCUGCCAAUCGGUACCGAAACUCAGCGGGUGCGGACUCCUCAUGCUCUUCAACUACCUCGUUCUUCUCCACCGGGUCUGCCGGAUUAUCGUCAGCGUUCAGCACACAAUCCACUGACUGUAGUCCGACGAAUGAAUCCGCUCAACGUAUCAUGUCUACGCGUGCCCUGCUUGGGCAGACGAAAUCCAACGGAGUCACCAUAUCCGGAGAACGCAGCACAUGGCCUGACGGCAGCGGUAUACACGGAAUCGCCCCACUUGCGGAGGAUGAAAUCGGUGAUCAAACCAUCCGACUUGGCAAGAAGAUGAACGCUGUUGGUGACAGUAUUGACGGUGACUGUAUGGACAGCGAUGAUAAUGAUAAUGAUGAGGUCGCUGAAAACCCAGACCAUAAUGCGACAGUACCAACACACCCCCCGACCGAUGCGUGUUUGCCUACAUGGGCAGUUGGCCGACCGCAUGGUGCUUCCAUUCACCAAGGACCUGUUGAAAGUCCGAAGGUUCUGAAUCCCAUUUCGGCUUUAACUACAGACGCAGGACGGGAUGGGUGUAGCCAGGUUCCAUUUGCAGAUGAGUCCCCUCCAGUUGACCCCCCUGGUAACUUGUCUGCAGCGGGUGAUUGUCAGGCCACUGUGACGCCUUCCGAAAAGGAUAUCGAACUGAAGGAUUUACAAAGUUCCAUGGCCAAUGAGGCUGUGGAUCCCGGUCUAUUUGCGGAUAAGGCCGAAGUUGAUGACGAUGAUGAUGAUGAGGAUCUUGAAGGUGAUCUGUACGAGAUAUCCGAAGAUAGUGACAGUGAUCAGUCAAUCUGUCUGGAGGACCACUGGAUGACCCCAGUUGACUUGGCCAAACAUGUGGAGUCCAUUGGAUUAUCUGGAAUCCAGUCUGAAUAUGGCGCGGUAGUGCGAAUAAAGAAUGACGAUCCACGAAGUGCUUUUCGGCACGCACAAAAUCGGGACAAAAACCGCUACUGUGACGUUAUUUGUUACGAGAGUAGUCGUGUUCAUCUGCGGCCAGCAUCUCUGCGGUUCACGUCCACUGGCCGAAAAGAUCUUCGAACGGUUGGCUCCUCAAGGUCGUCCAAUACGAACCUUCAUCGCACUCUGUCGGCUCCGACUGCACCCAAGGACCUAGUACGGAACUACAUUCAUGCGAACUGGGUUGACGGCUAUCGACAGAAGAAUGCCUUUAUUUGCACACAAGGUCCUCUCUCCGAAACGGUUGGUGAUUUUUGGCAAAUGAUUUGGGACUAUCAUGUCCCGGUCAUCGUUAUGAUCACCAAGGUGCUCGAAGCAGAUCGUGUCAAAUGCUUCCCAUACUGGCCAGAUUCGGUCGACAAGAAAAUGUAUUUCGCUUGUGGCCAUUCUGGAGCCGUCCCGGUUGUGAAAGACGGUCUUGGAACCAAUUCGUCCCUAGUGGUCCCGGAAUUCGCCGUUGAAAACAUGGGCUCCCAAACGAAUGCACAUUUCACUUGCAGUACGCUUCAACUCACCCAUUUACCUAAUAAGCAACGCCGGACAGUGCUGCACUAUGCCUGCUCCUCCUGGCCUGAUCACGGUGUCCCACAGACCACCGAAGGUUUGCAGAGACUACUCUCUUCCGUCCAGACCGCAUACACCGGUGCUAUUCGCCUGCUAGGCUAUUCGUGUUACAUGGAACAGGAAGUGCCGCCACCGCCUGUCGUCGUCCAUUGUAGUGCCGGUAUCGGUCGCACCGGUACGUACGUCACGGCCGAUAUAUGCACCAAAUGGCUUGUGGACGAAAAACAGACAGAUCACCUCAUCAACAUACCCCUCACAGUAAGCCGCGUUCGUUCUCAGCGCUACGGCUGUGUGCAAGUGGCUGCCCAGUAUGUAUUUUGCUAUCGAGUAGUUCUUGACUUCGCCAUCCAAAAUGGACUACUCACUGCUGACCAGGCACAGUCAGCUUUGUCAAUCCUCAGUCCUGCAUCCAACAGUCUAUCACAAUCUUCCACUACCUCAUUCUACCACUGUACAUCCUUACCUCGCCCACAUCUGCCACUAAGCUCCUUCAUUUCCUCCCCGUUUGGCCAAGAAAAAAGUCCUGGACGAAUGGCCAUGGCCCUGUCUGAUUUUCGGAACCUGUUGCCUACCUCACAACUACUCUCCAUUUGGCAUGCGCUCAGAGUGAGCAGAGAUCACAAGAGUGGAAAUAGCGGUGCAGGAAAUAUAUCCGAUUCAGAUUUCAAUAUGACUGAAAACGUGUGUUCUGACUCGGAUUUGGACGAGGACGAAGAAGCGGAAUAUGACGGAGAUGAGCGCUAUGGUGAACGUAUGACCGAGCCCUCCACAUUACAAUUACACUCGGAAAAACCUUCCUCCAUAUUGGAUGGUUCUGGUAGUCACGAUUGCGAUUCAGUCUCUAUCAUUAGUCAGACAUCAGAACAAGAGACGCCUGCAACGACGGAUACCGGUGUUCCGGUAGAAGUGACUGCUACUUCCAAACCAGAUAUGGACAGCAUCGGAGAGGUACAAAUGGACACUAACCCAUCCUAGUUUCUGUACCUUGUCUUCUGGGAUUAUUCAAGUCUAACAAAACCCUUCAAGGCAAACAGAUGUCAUACAGCUGUCAACAGUCGGUUCGGGAUGUUGUCUCUGUUGUACAGCAAGGAUCUACACAGUUAAAAGCACACAGUUUCGAUCAUCCUCCGCGGUAGACCUCACUAUUUUCUCUCCUUGUUGCCUUGCGAACAUACAACUUCAGGGAAAUUGCUUAAUGUGUGACAAAGAUUGUUUUUUGUUCAUCUGUUGUCUUCCGGGACACAUUCAAGGCGUUCUGUUGGGCGCAGCUUUUAACCUAAUUCACCAUAUGCUAGUGGUGGCGAUGGUGGUUGGCUUGGUUCACAUGUACAAAAGCUCCCCUGGACACUUGCCUCCAUCCACGCAAGCUCGUAGGGUACGUCCACCACAGUGUCUAGUUCAUUUGUAUAACGGUACUUUCCUCCCCUCCCAUCCAACUAGACCCUUUUUGCACUGAGCUAUUUCUUCUUUUUCCUUUUAUCCUGAAUAUUUUCUCCGGCACAAAUUGCCGAUGAUUCUCUUUCUUACAACGACAAUAUCCACAGAAUUGUCACUUUUGCCGCUAGAUCGAACAUAUAACCACAUGCACACGCACAGGUUCCGGUAAUUUCAUUCAUUGUGUGACAGCACAGUUACAAGUCUACUACGCUGAUGUGCACACUGUAUCAUUCACAAACCCUGCUUAUUUUGUACAAAUGUCUCUUGUCGAAUCUGGUUGUUCUUUUUGGUUCGUUUCUCAGGGGAUAUU